GCGGGGCGAGGCAAGUUUGCGCCCGGAGUUCGGAGCCCAGGAGCCCCCGCGGCCGCGGCGCAGGUGCCCUUCGCCUAGCUCGGGAUGGAGCUGCCUACCGUGAACUUGAAGACGAUCCUCCUGGUUCACUGGCUGCUGACGACCUGGGGCUGCAUAGCGUUCGAGGGCCCCUAUCCCUGGGCAAACUUCACCAUCCUGGCCUUGGGCGUGUGGGCCGUUGCUCAGAGGGACUCCAUCGACGCCAUAAGCCUGUUUCUGGGUGGCUUGGCGGCCACCAUCUUCCUGGACAUCGUCCACAUCAGCAUCUUCUACCAGCGGACCGGCUUCUCGGACACGGAGCGCUUUGGUGCCGGCAUGGCCAUCCUCAGCCUGCUCCUCAAGCCCUUGUCCUGCUGCUUCGUCUACCACAUGUACCGGGAGCGCGGGGGUGAGCUCCUGCUCCAUAUUGGUGAGGCCACCACCUGCGGCCGGCUCCCUGACUGCCCUGUCCCCGGCCCAGGUUUCCUCGGACCGUCACAGGAGCGCAGCGACUACCAGACGAUUGACUCACCAGAGGCGCCCACAGACCCUUUCGGAGGCUCGGAGAGCAGGGGUCACGCCCCGCAAGGGUACUGAAGCCAGGCUGCUUUGCCGGGCCCCAGCCUGGGGCCAGUAUGACAGACCGUGGAGGCGGCUCAGGCUGCACCACCUUCCUCGCGCCUCGGAUGGUGUUCUAGAUGCCCCCCUGCCCCGCCCACCUUGGACUGUGUUCUCCUGUUCCUCAUCUCAGGGGUUGCCUGAAUCAGGUGCCCUGAGUGGCCAGGAGCCCCAUGCAUACCUGUCCCAGACUCCCUGAGACCUCCUCUCCCUUCAGGGUAGCUCACUGGCCCGUGCCAGUAAAGCUGGGAACCUGGUCUCUCCUCACCUGCCCGUGCAGCCCCAGGCCGAGCUCCGCCUGGGCCAGGCCUUACCCACAGCUUGUUGACCCCACCCGCAGAAGCUCUGAGAGCUUUAGGUGGUGCUCAGCCCUCAGUCCCAGGAGCAGUGCAGCGUGGCAGUGAGGUCCCUGGGCUUCUCGCUGCCUGGUCACUCGGUGCUUGGGGACCUUGGGGCCGGAGACGGAGGGGUGUCGGCAGCACCUGAGACCCUCUGCAGCCUCCAGCUGCCCUUCCCAGAGCCACGGCAUUAAAAGUUUGGGGAAUCUGUAGCUGGGUGUGUUUUGAGCCACGUUUAAUCUCCCAGCCGGGCUGGGUCCGGGACCUGUCAUUCCUGAGAAGAUUUCUCCUUUGAAUCCCCAGGGAAACUGGGCUUAGUUGCCAGUUCUGUCGUGGCGGGAGGAAGCCUGGGUUCACGACCAGCUGGGCCUGCCGUGCACCCAGCUUUGGCCUCGCCGGGGCCUGGGCAGAGGAGGGCCCUCUUUGGUGUGGCAGACGGGUAUGUGUGUCUCUGAAUCAGAUGACUUGGGUAUUGGUUUGAAUCCCUCUCUGCCACUUCCUGGCUAUGUGCCUUUGAGCAACUUAACGUCUCUGACCUCAGUGUCUUCUGGAAAAGGGCUAAUGCCCACCCGGAGGGUGAUGCCACACACAAAGAGUGCAGUGCCUGGCCCUUGGAAAGUUCCCGAAGUAACAGCGUUGGUGGGUUGCUCUUUGAGCCUGUGAUGAUGUGGGGUCAGUAGGCAAAGGGUGACAUCUCCCUGGCAGACCCUGUGUCUUGGUGUGAGGGCGGAGGAGGACCAACACCUGUCCAGAAGCCCCAAGCGUCCCGUGGCCAGGGUCCCGCUCCACUCCAACUGGACUGAGUGUUGAUCCCCGGGCCUCAUGUGCCUGGACUUCCCCAGGCCGUCCUGGAUUGUCCCCGGCACAAAGAGAUCAAAGCCUAGUGCACAACCCCACCAUCCUCCUGUGUCCAUCUGUCCUAAGGGGCUUAGUGCCUGCCGCUGCAAGUGCCUGGGGCUGCAGGGCUGAACUCUGGUGCCUGCUCUCAGGGAAUAGACAUUAGGAGUCCGCUGUCAGGAGGCAGGAGCUCCGAAAGGAACCUCUGGGACCGAACCUGUGCUCUGGACCAAGGGUUGGUGAGUGGCUGCAGCUGUAAGAAACCUGGAAUUAGCUUCACCAUCAGAAGGGGACGGAUAGAUGAUCUGUGCUGUAUUCAUCCUGUGGCUGUGGUUCAGCAGUUCAAAUGAAUAAACCAGACCAAUUUCUUAUUUUC